GUUGAAUUUCAUGACUCAACCCUUUCGAUAACUAACAUCCAUAUCUCUUUUCCUGCUGAUGGUUAUCUAUCUUUCUAUUAUAUUUCGAUAUUACAAUUAAGAACAAGCUCCGAGAAUAGCCAACCGAAGUCUGCAGUUCCUCUGGACCGAUGGAAGCUGGCUCCAUAUCCUAAUACCUUAAUCACUGUUGAUCCACCGAUUAACUUGUUCUCACUGGUGUUCGGUGCCUGGUUCUCGGCGAUGAUGACGAAUAAUGGCGCUGUAUGAUGGAGUAUACCUCUGACGAUCUGCUCCACCCAUGGAUUUCUACACGCCUUAUCGGAGCUACUCCGGAGUAUGUCGCUAUCAAGGUUGAGAUUGACCCCAUUACACGGUAGGUAACCACGGUCCUGUCGCCACCACUAUCCCCCGCAAUCCGCGGUGGGCCCGGUUUCCUAGAACGUUUGAUGGCCGAGUUUGGGGGAAAUGCUGCCCGAGACGGACAGAACCCGGUGGAGGAAACAGGGAAAAGGGAUGAGUGCGUCUCAUGGUGGAGGGUUGUGUCUGUGGUCUUUGAUCCAUUUGUCUUCUUGGUUUUAACAUUGGUUCGGGAUCAACUAUCCUUGCAAUGGCCGAUACGUCCGCCAUGAAAGGCAUUCCGGGGGACGAUGAAGCCCAGUUGGCAGCCAUGGGCCAUAAGGCCGAGUUGAAGCGAAAUUUCUCACUCUUGUCUAUGUUAGGAUUGGCCUUUGCUAUUCUGAAUUCUUGGACCGCUCUGUCGGCAAGUUUAUCUCUUAGCCUCCCAUCUGGAGGCUGUGUAAGCGUUGUCUGGGGCUUGGUUACGGCAGGUGUAUGUAACCUUUGUAUAGCAACUUCGCUUGCCGAGUUCUUGUCCGCUUAUCCCACGGCUGGUGGACAAUACCAUUGGGUUGCAGGUAAGUUUAUUUCUUGGGAGCGAUGGAUGCCCAUACUUUCAUGGAUUACCGGCUGGGCCAAUGUUUCUGGCUGGCUUGCAUUGACCGCCACUGGUGGCCUGCUGGGCAGCGAGUUGAUUCUGGGUAUAAUCUCAUUAUUACAUCCGACCUUUGAAGCACAACGCUGGCACCAAUUUUUGAUUUAUACUGGCUAUAAUAUUGCUUCGUUCAUCAUCAACACUCUCAUGAACAAUGGUCUUCCGUACUUCACUAAGGGUGCCUUCAUUUGGUCCUUAACCGGAUUUGCCAUCGUCUCGAUAACGCUUCUUGCAUGCUCGUCACCUAACUACAACUCGGGCGAACUUGUGUUCGGAAAAUUUAUCAACGAAACAGGAUGGCCGGAUGGUGUCGCUUGGCUACUUGGACUUCUUCAAGGUGGACUUGGUCUCACAGGAUUUGAUGGAGUUGCCCAUAUGAUCGAAGAAAUCCCCAAUCCAUCUGUCGUGGGCCCUAAGAUUAUGAUAGGGUGCGUCUGUAUUGGUGCCGUGACAGGUUCGAUCUUUUUGAUUGUGCUCCUCUUUGUUGCCGGUGAUAUCUACAAUGUCAUCGAUUCUGCUGCGGGAUGUCUUCUGCAGAUCUUUAAGGAUGCAACUGGAAAUAAUGCCGGGUCAAUCUGUCUUCUAAUGUUCCCUCUUGUUUGCAUCCUUUUCGCAGCCACGAGUAUCAUGACUACUAGUAGCCGUAUGAUCUAUGCUUUUGCAAGAGAUGGCGGUCUUCCUGCUUCCCCCUUCUUUUCCAGGGUUCAUCCAAAGCUCAAUGUUCCACUAAACGCCGUGUAUCUGUCGUUUGCUGUUAUCACUGUCUUCGGGCUUAUUUUUCUCGGGUCUUCGAGUGCGUUCAACGCUAUUAUCUCAUCGUCAGUAGUGAUGCUUGACAUCUCAUACGGUAUUCCGAUUGCAGUGAACUGCCUACGUGGUCGCACUAUGCUGCCUGAACGCACAUUUGUUCUCCCGAAUACUUUAGGCUGGAUCGCCAACAUAAUUGCUCUUACCUACAUCAGCCUCACGACAGUGCUAUUCCUCUUCCCGCCAGUGUUGCCUGCGACUGGUAGCAGUAUGAACUACUGUGUCGCUGCUUUUGGUAUUAUUCUUGUCAUCUCGACAUUCCAAUGGGUCAUUGAUGGCCGCAAGAACUUCACUGGGCCACGGUCUGAUGUGGAUAUCCUUGCAGGCGUAGUUGAAGAAGUGCCCACGCACGCUGAAACCGCUGAAACCCAUGGGAAAAGCGAUGGGAAAUGAGAUUACAACGACUAAGAAGCCUGGAUAUAACUACUAGUACUUAGCCUAUUAUGACCCUACACAACAGAACAUAGAACAUAGA